CUGGUACACUUCCACAACAAUUGGGACAACUCCAUCGUCUACAAAGUUUAGACUUUUCUGUCAAUAGUCUCACAGGUAAAAUCCCUUCAACAUUUGGCAAUCUCCUUUCUCUCAAAAAUCUUGCCUUGGCUAGCAACCAGUUUCUGGGUGAGAUUCCAAGUGAAUUAGGAAAUCUUCACAAUCUUUCACAACUUCAACUCUCAGUGAACAAUUUCACUGGAAAGAUUCCUACUUCUAUCUUCUUCAACCUCUCUUCUUUAGUCUUUUUAUCCCUCACUAACAACAAUCUCUCAGGCGAGUUGCUGCAAAAUUUUGGCAACGCCUUUCCGAAAAAUGUUUUACUGCAGAAUGCAAAGCAUCUAACAGUUUUGGACCUGAAACAAUGCAAAGCAUCUAACAGUUUUACUGCAGAAUGUGAAACUUUGAAAAAUGUUAGGCAUCGGAAUCUCGUUAAGGUGAUCACUUCUUGCUCCAGCACUGAUUAUAAAGGAGAUGAUUUUAAGGCCCUUGUUAUGCAAUUCAUGCCUAAUGGUAAUUUAGAGACGAGUUUAUACCCGAACGAUCUCGAGUCGGGAUCUUUGCUAACCUUGUUGCAAAGGUUAAACAUUGCCAUUGAUGUUGCAUCUGCCAUGGACUACUUGCACCAUGACUGUGAUCCACCAAUAGUCCAUUGUGAUCUGAAACCUGCUAAUGUCCUACUAGAUGAAGAUAUGGUUGCACAUGUGGCAGAUUUUGGAUUAGCAAGGUUUCUCUCUCAAAAUCCAGAAGAGAAACAUAGUAGCACCCUGGAACUGAAGGGAUCAAUCGGCUAUAUUGCACCAGAAUAUGGUUUAGGUGGCAAGGCUUCAACAUGUGGCGAUGUGUAUAGUUUUGGAAUCCUACUUCCAGAGAUGCUCAUAGCGAAAAAACCAACAGAUGAAAUGUUCAAAGAAAGCAUGAACAAAUUUGUUUCAGACAUGGAUGAGAAGCAAUUAAUGAAUGUUGUUGAUCAAAGGCUUAUUAAACAUUAUUAUGAAUAUUCAAAACAGGAUUUCAGCAGUGAUUGUCGUAGCGAUGGGUCUGGCGACAACAGCUAUAGCAAUGGACCUAAUGGUAACACACAUUUGAUGCACAAAGUUGAGGAGUGCAUAGCUGGUGCAAUGAGAGUUGGCUUGUCAUGUAUAGCACAUCAUCCCAAAGAUCGAUGGACCAUGCGAGAAGCCUUAACGAUAUUGCAUGGAAUUAAGCAGUUUAUCCUAGACUUGUGAUGUUGGUCUCAUGUCUGUUAUAUGUGUGUAGUUUGUACUUACUGGUGCAAUCUAUAUGAUGAAUAGGAAUAUAAAAAUAGUUAUGAAA